GGUGGAGGACAACUACACAGACUAAACCUCCGUUUUAGUUACCUAAACCAUACACGUGAAGAGAUCCUGAGGAUUUUAAGAGGAGAUGUCUUUCUAGCUGCGGAGGAAUUUAACAAUGCUCUGUUCAAGACAAGGGGCCAUUACAGAGAGGGUGGGAGGAUUUGAGGUCAAGUGAAAAGAGAACUCUUUGAUAGGAUGACAAGGGAAAGAAUGAGAGAGGUGAGAGAGCAGAGAGGCCAGUCAGAAUACUCAAAUACAUGAAGAAGAAAAACAAAAAAGGUAGUGACACUCUGAAAGGAAGCAACCGCAGAGUGUGGGAGGUUGAGGGCGUGAAGACUCACAGCAAAGGAACUACACACGAUGCAGUCAGACAGAUGUUGCCAGAUGACAUUUUGGAACACAGAAAUCAAAAAAAGAAUCAAGAAAGAAAACACUUAGUCAUCCUAAGUGAUUACAUUUUGAUGAGACUUUAAGUAGGGAGGUAAGGACGACUUAUUCCAUUCUUGAAAACAGUGAGAGGAGCAAGCAACAAAAAAAGAUAGCCACAAAUACCAAGAUGAAAAUGGGCACAAACCAGGAGGCUGAAUCUGAGCCAGAAGAUAAACAGAUUGCAGAGGAGACGGGCCCCACAGAGGAGGAGAAGGAGACACCUGCUGAGCAUCCUCAAGACGCCCCUCCUCCUGAGGACGUCGACCCUCUCAACACCUACAAGUGGCACACUGGAGCCAAGGCAGCAACCCUCGACGGGACGAGAGGAGAGGGUGGAGAGACAGCAUCAACAACAAUAGAGAAGAUGGAGAAGACCUCCACCACCAAAUGGAGUAAUAAGAUGCAGAACUGGCGGAAAGCCCUGAGCGAGGACCCCGGGGACAAAGCCUCAACCGCUGGACGAGGAGGGGAGACCCCCAGGCUGGAGAAGAACCCUGCCUGCAGGAAGAACCCCUUCCGAAGGGCCCAGUCUGAGCCUCCAGGGUCGCUGUUCACUACCCAGUCCCCCUCCUCUUCAGCCCAGGCAACAUCGGGACCGGGGGAAAGCGCAGAGGAAUCGGAAUCAUCCCCCACGGACACGCCACAGAAAGGGGGCGGAGGGGCACUGUUCAGGAAGUACAUACGCACCGUCUCCCAGAAGCUGAAGAGGCCCCGGUUGCUGAGCAGAAACAGCACCUCAACCCUCCUACAAGAUGCGGGUGGGAGCGGGCCUGCAGCUGCGUCCCAAGAGCUAGCCAGGCUGUCAUGGGCCCCUCCCCAGGACGUCCCCGUUUGGGACAUCAACAACUGUGUCCUGGAGGACGGACAGAUCCUCAUCACCCCGGAGGAAGAGCCAGUGAUGUGGACCCGGAACCGAGUCAGCAGCUGCCUGUCAAACCUCAGCAUGCAGAACCUGGCAGAUGUCAACAUGGAAUGCAGCCCCGACCACAUGGCCCCCACUGGAGGCCCCAGACUGAAGAGCCAAGAUGGAGGAGUGAGGGGGCUGAUCAAGCGGCGUUUCUAUGGUGGAGCCAUGCGAAAGAGCAAUACCCAGUUAAACACCGUUGGGUUGAACAAAGGGAGCAGCAGGCUCCAUGGCUCACGGGAGUCCGUGUCCAUCCCAGUCAGCGCUGCAGGAAACCUGGAUCUGAGCGCAGACACCAGUACGGUCAUCAGGCCUGUACACAGCUCCAUCCUGGGGGAGAAGUACUGUUUUGAGGUGAUAAACUCAGAGACCAACCACUGUUUUGGGUGCACCUCAGCUGCUGAGCGAGACCGCUGGAUAGAGGACCUGAGACGGGCUGCUCAGCCCAAUAAGGACAACUGUGAGCGGACAGAGAACUCCCUCAGUCUGUGGGUGAACGAGGCUAAGGACUUGCUCCCCAAGAGGCGAUACUACUGCGAGCUGCACCUGGACGGCACCCUGUUUGCCCGCACCAGCAGCCGAGCCGUGGGCAAGUCUUCCCAUCACUCCAGUUUAGCUGGUGAUGGGUCCUCUGGUGGGGUGCUUGGGGGCAGCGGAGGUGUGGUCGGAGGCUGCCAGCUGUUCUGGGGAGAGUUUUUUGAGCUGGACAACUUGCCGUCGGUCUCCCAGAUCACCCUGCACCUCUUCCGUGACGAGGAACCCAAGAAGAAGCGUCACUCCCGGGAUGAGUCCACCCUGCAUCCCCUUGGCAGUGUGGCCAUAUCCCUGGCCGACAUCCGUGGAAGGGCCUUCCAGGAGAAGUGGCACCCAAUCAUUCCCUACAAGGCGUCUGGUGCCGGCGGGACGAAGGAGCAACUGGGGCCCCAAGCGUCGCUCCGUGUCAAGGCCCGCUUUCAAAACCUGCAGGUGCUGCCCAUCGAGAAGUAUAAGGAGUUUGCAGAGUUUGUGACAGUGGACUAUGUGGGCAUGUGUAGGAACCUGCAGCCACUGCUGUCUGUCAGGGAGAAGGAGGAACUAGCCGGGGCACUGGUCCACGUCUUGCAAAGCAUUGGCAAGGCAAAGGAGUUCCUUAUCGAGUUGGGUAGUGCAGAGGUGGAGCGCCUUGGGGAGAAAGAGGCAUUGAUCUUCAGGGAGAACACACUAGCCACCAAGGCCAUUGAUGAGUACAUGAAGCUGGUGGGGCAGAAGUACCUCAUCGACACCCUGGGGGACUUCAUCACUCGACUGUAUGCCUCAGUAGAGAGCUGUGAAGUGGACCCUCUCAAAUGCCCCGCCUCUGAGCUGUCAAACAACCAGCGUCACCUGAAGGAGAGGUGUGAGGACGCAGUGCAGAAAAUCACUGAGAUGCACGGGUCUUUCCCUGAAGAGCUGAACAGGAUCUUCUCCAGCUGGGUGGAGCUGUGCGAGGAGCAGGGACGACCUGAAAUCGGCCAGCGCCUCAUCUCUGCCUCGCUAUUCCUCCGUUUCCUGUGUCCCGCCAUCCUCAGCCCCUCCCUGUUUGGUCUGACACAGCCCUACCCAGAGCCGGCCACCCUGCGCACCCUCACCUUCACCGCCAAGGUCAUCCAGAACCUGGCCAACUUCACCCUGUUUGGGGAGAAGGAGGAGUACAUGCUGUUCAUGAAUGACUUCCUGCAGCAGCACUGGGAGAAGAUGAGGUGCUUCCUUCAGACAGUGUCCAGCCCAGACAUAGAGAUCCCAAUGACAUCCUUCGAUGGCUAUGUUGACUUGCCUCUGCGUCUGGCUGUCCUACACAGCCUGCUGGUCGACAUAAUUUCCCCAAUGAAGCAGGACACCAUAGACAAACUGCACCCUCUGCCUUCAAUCCUGAACCAGAUUACAGAAUCUCUGGGCCCAGAUGCUCUGCGGAUUACUGUUAGCAGCCACAUUGGUCAAUCCAAGCCAACAUAUGUGCCCCCUAAAGACCUGGGUAAGUACAGCCCUCUGCACAACUCCCUGCAGCAGCUGCCUAUGGAUGUGAAGGGCAGCCCGCGGAAAGAAAGCUUUCAGAGGGGCAAUCGAGACAGGAGGAGUGCCAGAGAGAGGAAGCCAGUAUCCAGAACCCAGAGUGCACCGCACAGACCGCCGGCAGACCCUAAACAGCUACGGAGGAGGAGGAGCAGCACUGAAAAUCUGCCACUGGAGGACCAAGAGGCAGAGCAGGAAGCCAACCCUCCACUUGAUAUUUCAUCACCGCAGAACAGCGUCGGUGUAAAGUCUCCUCCCGCCCCAGUGCCUUGGAUCAAAGUGUCCCAGAGCAAGGAGCCAUACGAGAGGAAGAUCGAGAAUGAAGAGAUCAACCUACUGGACAGGCAUGCACAGGAGCUGUCGGAGCUCCGCCUGGGGGUGGAGCAGGUGACAGAGCGUGAGUUGGAAAUGGCCAAGCGGCUGGAGGACUUCAUUGUCCAAAGCCAAGAUCAGAAUGCAGUCUUGUUGGCUGAGGUUAACGAACUGCGUAAUCUUCUGGCUGUCCGUGAGGAACAACUCGCCAGCGCCACUUUCAGGCUGGGGGUUAUCGAGGAGGAGAGGGAGGAGGAUGAGAGGAGGCUGAACGUCGCCGUGGCAGCAGCUGAACGAAUGAACGUACUGGAGGAGCAGUUUGCAGACCUGUUGAAGGACAGGCACCAGCUCAGUGGAGACUACACCGGUGACCAGAACAACACACAGUACCCUGGGAUCGGGACAAAUCAUGUCAACAGCAACUGAAGUCAGACUGGCAGCACAGAGUUGUAAUACAGACACAUGAGUAGUUUAGUCCCCAUAGCUUUCAUGUUCUUCCAAAUACAAAAACACCCAGAAUUAUGUCAUUAUGCCUGAUGGUUGGCUUACUUUCAGAACUACAGUAAAUGUAUGCAUGAAUCUUAAACUGUGUCCAAUUACAAAAACAGAAAUGAAUUAAAAGUCACAGGUAUGCUAAGCCUGUUUAACAUAGCACUUACUGUGUACACUGUACUUCAAAUAUUUGUGGAAUAUUAGUUGAUUUGACAGAAACAGACGGAUCUAAUGUGAGUGUAGAAACAUAAACAUCAAUAACAGCCUACGGUAAGAACAAUUUCCCUCUCUGCAGUUUAACAAAAUGAACGUAAGGAUAUCAAAUCAAAUGUAUUUAUAGAGCCCUUCGUACAUCAGCUGAUAUCUCAAAGUGCUGUACAGAAACCCAGCCUAAAACCCCAAACAGCAAGCAAUGCAGGUGUAGAAGCACAGUGGCUAGGAAAAACUCCCUAGAAAGGCCAAAACCUAGGAAGAAACCUAGAGAGGAACCAGGCUAUGAGGGGUGGCCAGUCCUCUUCUGGCUGUCCCGAGUGGAGAUAACAGAACAUGGCCAAGAUGUUCAAAUGUUCAUAAAUGACCAGCAUGGUCAAAUAAUAAUAAUCACAGGCAGAACAGUUGAAACUGGAGCAGCAGCACGGCCAAGUGGACUGGGGACAGCAAGGAGUCAUCAUGCCAGGCAGUCCUGAGGCAUGGUCCUAGGGUUCAGGUCCUCCGAGAGAGAGAAAGAAAGAGAGAAUUAGAGAGAGCAUACUUAAAUUCACACAGGACACCGGAUAAGACAGGAGAAGUACUCCAGAUAUAACAAACUGACCCUAGCCCCCAGACACAAACUACUGCAGCAUAAAUACUGGAGGCUGAGACAGAAGGGGUCAGGAGACACUGUGGCCCCAGCCGAUGAUACCCCCGGACAGGGCCAAACAGGAAGGAUAUAACCCCACCCACUUUUCCAAAGCACAGCCCCCACACCACUAGAGGGAUAUCUUCAACCACCAACUUACCAUCCUGAGACAAGGCCGAGUAUAGCCCACAAAGGUCUCCGCCACGGCACAACCCAAGGGGGGGCGCCAACCCAGACAGGAAGAUCACAUCAGUGACUUAACCCACUCAAGUGACGCACCCCUCCUAGGGACGGCAUGAAAGAGCACCAGUAAGCCAGUGACUCAGCCCCUGUAAUAGGGUUAGAGGCAGAGAAUCCCAAUGGAAAGAGGGGAACCGGCCAGGCAGAGACAGAUUUGGUCCUGCCGUGACCCAUCUCUUCAGUGGGUCAUAUGAUUGAGUGUAGUCUGGCCCAAGAGUGUGAAGGUGAACGGAAAGGCUCUGGAGCUACACUCAAUCAUAUGACCCACUGAAGAGAUGAGUCUUCAGUAAAGACUUAAAGGUUGAGACCGAGUUUGCGUCUCUCACAUGGGUAGGCAGACCAUUCCAUAAAAAUUGAGCUCUAUAGGAGAAAGCCCUGCCUCCAGCUAUUUGCUUAGAAAUUCUAGGGACAAUUAGGAGGCCUGCGUCUUGUGACCGUAGCGUACGUGUAGGUAUAUAUGGCAAGACCAAAUCAGAGAGAUAGGUAGGAGCAAGCCCAUGUAAUGCUUUGUAGGUUAGCAGUAAAACCUUGAAAUCAGCCCUUGCCUUGACAGGAAACCAGUGUAGGGAGGCUAGCACUGGAGUAAUAUGAUACCACACCUUGAUAUGUAAUUAAAUACAUAAUCGUUGCCCUCUUUUGAUACACCACUUCUCAGAAUGUUGUCCAUUUUCCAUCCGUUUUGAAUGCAGAUUUACAAUUUGUUAAUUUAACAAAUAAAAUAAGCAAUGUACCAUUCAAA